UUUCUUUUUAUCUUUCCUCUCGGCACUUAAACUGACUCGAUUCCUCCUUGUCUGUUAAAAAAUGAAAAUCUGCUUCUCUUUCUCUCUGUCUUCUUCUUCUUUAGUCCUCACUUCAUCACUUGCAAAUCCCUCCUUUUUCUCUCCUUCAUCAUGGUUAUGUUAGUAUACUGAGUUAACUCGUAUUUCCUUUCCCUUCCUUGGGCUAUCAUUUUCUUAGUUCCCAAGGGAGACAGACACCGAGUCAACACAGUUGAGCUCACUUUUGGAACACUAUUAUAUCGGUCUGCUCAAGGUGAUUUUGAGUUUGCUUCUUUAUCUUCUUUACCAGUUGACCUAUUAUGGACAUUUUAGUGGGUCACCCUUCUCUUUUGUCUCCUCUUCUUUAUUAAGCUUUUAUUAUUAUUAUUUUGUUAUGGGAUUUGAGCGUUCAUGAACACAAGGGUUUUCUGUUCUCAGACUCGGUGCCAAAGUACUUGAUAGGAUAUUGUUGUUUUCUAUUCUCAAAACUCCUAGGAAUUAGGGUUUGGUUAUCAUCCCUAAUUAAAUACAAUAAAUAACCUAGAAAUGGAACUUUCCUGUCCAGAAGGGGAGAUUCCAAUUCCUUUGAACAGUACAUAUGGUGGGGGACAUGGCCCUUCCAAUGGUUCUUCCUUCUUGUUCAUAGAAGACCAUGUGGUGCCCUACAAGAAACCGGUGAGGUACCGUGAGUGCCUGAAGAACCAUGCGGUCGCCAUGGGAGGAAACGCCACCGACGGGUGCGGCGAGUUCAUGCCGAGUGGCGAAGAGGGCACCAUCGAAGCACUGACUUGCUCCGCCUGUCACUGCCAUAGGAACUUCCACAGGAAAGAAGUAGAAGGCGAGCCCUCUUCGAAUGAUUAUUGUUUCCCGUUGCAAGGCAGGAAACUGCUCUUGGGUCACCACCACCACCACAAGAGUAUCCUACCACCUGAGGCUCUAGGGUACCCUACGGGUACUCUCGUACAUUCGAGAGCGGCACCAACGCCCCACCAGAUGAUGAUGUCCUACAACAUGAUGGGCUCCCUCCCUUCAGAGUCCGACGAAGAUGGCGGCAGGCCUCUCCAGCUGAUGAAGAAAAGGUUUAGGACAAAGUUCACACAGGAACAGAAGGACAAAAUGCUCAACUUUGCAGAGAAAGUUGGGUGGAAAAUCCAAAAGCAAGAAGAAUCAGUGGUGCAACACUUCUGCCAAGAGAUCGGUGUCAAGAGAAGAGUCCUCAAGGUCUGGAUGCACAACAACAAGCACAAUCUUGCCAAGAAAAACUCCGCCAUCGCCACCACCACCACCACCACCUCCGCUGCAUGAUGAUCCGUGUUUCAUUUUCAUUUAGCUUGUUUUAUCCGUUUUUCACAAGGCGGGUUUCAGUAAACACUAGUAAUUAUUUCGACUAAUGAUUCUGCAAAUAUCCA